CAGUCCGCUGCGUGGCCCCACGCCUGCGCACUGGGUACUGCACCAAGCGAGCUGGGAGAGCCGUGGGCGCCCAGGCGCUUUAGAUCCUCCACUCAAGAAAUAUACAAAGAAACAAAUUGGAGUCUGAGACUUUAGGCCCAGAUAAAUUGGACACUGCAGGAAGUGGGCAAUGGCUGUUGCCCUGGGUUGUGCAAUCCAGGCCUCAUUGAAUCAGGGCUCAGUGUUUCAAGAGUAUGAUACUGACUCUGAAGUCUUCCGUCAGCGCUUUAGGCAGUUCCAGUACAAAGAAGCAGCCGGGCCUCAUGAAGCUUUCAACAAACUUUGGGAGCUUUGCUGUCAAUGGCUGAAGCCAAAGCUGCGUUCUAAGGAGCAAAUCCUGGAGCUUCUAGUGUUGGAGCAAUUCCUAACAAUUUUGCCCACAGAGAUAGAGACCUGGGUGAGGGAACAUUGCCCAGAUAAUAGAGAAAGAGUUGUGUCACUGAUAGAAGACUUACAGAGAGAACUUGAGAUACCAGAGCCACAGAUUGAUAGGCAGGAAAUACUCUUGGAAGACCUAGCAGCAGUUGGAAUGGCAGACAUACCACCAAACAUCCAUGUGGAAGUACCCCCACUCCAAGCAAUGGGACCUGUCCCCGAGGCCCCGGUCGCAGAUGCGUGGAUCCCACAGGAGCUGAGCUACGGUGCUGCUGGGGAAGGCCAGUCCUUUCUGGACCCUGGAUAUUCAAUCCCAAAGCUUGAUGUGAGCUUUCCAUUGGAGCAAAGAGAAGAAGCAUGGGUGAAGGAGCUACAAGAUUCCAAAGAAAUUAAACAAUUACUUGAAUCCAAGAUAGGUUUUGAGAUCGGGAUAGAAAAUGAAGAAGAUACUUCAAAGCAGAAAAAACUGGAAAAUAUGUACCCAUUUCUUGUUACUUUAGAGGAGAAUGCUAACCAUGGUCCCAUAUUGCAAAAAGACUAUGUACAGUUAGAAAAUCAAUGGGAAAAACCCCCAGAGGAUUUACAGACAGAUUUGACAAAACUUGUAGAUCAUCAGAAUCCCUCUAUAGGAGAGAAACCUGAGAGCUCUAGCUUGGAAGAACCUCUCAACCCUAGAGCCCAUAAGAAAAAGAGUCCAGGAGACAAACCUCACAGAUGUUCUCAGUGCGGAAAAUGUUUUGCCCGGAAAUCACAACUUACAGGGCACCAGAGAAUUCAUUCAGGAGAGGAACCUCAUAAAUGCCCUGAAUGUGGAAAAAGAUUCCUUCGUAGUUCAGACCUUUAUAGACACCAACGACUUCAUACAGGGGAGAGACCCUAUGAAUGUACUGUGUGUAAAAAGCGAUUCACUCGGCGCUCACACCUUAUAGGGCACCAGAGAACCCAUUCUGAAGAAGAGACUUAUAAAUGCCUUGAGUGUGGGAAAAGCUUUUGUCAUGGAUCAAGUCUUAAAAGACAUCUGAAAACUCAUUCGGGUGAAAAACCUCAUAGAUGUCACAAUUGUGGGAAAAGUUUUAGUAGACUGACAGCUCUUACUUUGCACCAGAGAACUCACACAGAAGAGAGACCUUUUAAAUGUAAUUAUUGUGGGAAAAGCUUUAGACAGAGACCAAGCCUUGUUAUCCAUUUAAGAAUUCAUACAGGGGAGAAGCCAUACAAAUGUAGUCAUUGUUCUAAAAGUUUCAGACAGAGAGCAGGCCUUAUUAUGCACCAAGUCACUCACUUUAGAGGACUUCUUUAAGAAUUAUUAAAGGAAAUAGGUCAUGCAGAAAUUGGCACUAACUCAAAAAAAAAUCUUAACUUGAAGCAGUCUGUUUGUCUUGGAAGAAUCUUUUUUGUUUGAGCUUAUAGAAACAGAUUUUCUUUUCUUUUUUUUUUUUUUUUACUAUUAAAAACCUAUCUUCCAAGGCAUGUGAAUUCUAGAGUAUCUACCUAUUCUUGCAACUCUUACGACUUUACUAGAUUUGAUGUAUUCUAUCUUUACAACUCUUACUUUUUAAUGAAAAUGAAAAUGUUUGUGUCCCAAGCCAACCAUAUCAUAGAUGAAAGCAUAAAACAUCUAGGGUAGGGUCAAUAUAAUGGAUAACCAUGUCUAUCUGGUAUAUUAUAGCAGCACCAUAAUUAUUCUGCUGUCAUUAUUAAAGGUGGUUAUAUUAGUUUAAAGCUUUAUUUGUGUUCCAAGUGGCAAGAAAGGAGACAGUGUAUUUUGUUCAAAAUAAAAAUAUGUCAGGAACAUAUGGAUAAAGAGGAUUUAAUUUGCCUCAUAAGAACUGGGUUAUUUCCAUUGAAAAUAUUUAUGUUUAAGAAAUUAAGAUUUUAACCUCUUUGAAUUUUGCCAAAUUUGCUAAUCUGCUUAUUUGGCUAUUUGUUAGAGCUGUUAAUUUAAUGGUUUAUUUUGUUCACUGAAUGAAUAAACUCUAGGGGGAAGAAUCCAUUUGACAAUUGAAGUCAUAUAAUUAGAACCUGAUUCAAAUUAGAUUGACUAAUUUGAGGAGC